UAAAAACAUGAAAUUAUGACAAAUAUUUCAUGAUUGUUGACUACCAGGCAUUUUUUAAUUUUGAAGAAAUACCAUCAUUUUGGAUAUACUUAUCAGAGCGGUUGCAGAGUCAGAAAUAAACAUUUAUCGGUAUAUAAAUAUGAGUUAUCACCCUUUGAACACCGCCUACUUUCGUUUUCCAGUUUCGCAGAAACAGCGUUCAACAGUUACUAUAACUAGCCUCCGCUACAAGAGGGAACGAAUUCAAAAGGUUUUGCAAUGUAACUUUUCAUCAAAAGUGCUGACUAACUUUUGGAUGGCCUUUGUGAUGGAAGGAACUGUGGUUGGAGGAUUAGAAGAGGAGCUAACCUGUCCUAUCUGUCUGGAGCUGUACCAGGACCCAGUCUUCUUACCCUGUCAACACAACUUCUGUCGGGAGUGUCUGAACACCCACAUACAGCAACACACAUUAGAGGGAACUCCAUUCCCCUGCCCUUCCUGUAGAUGUACUGUCCAACUUACAGAGGAACACGUUACUAAACUGCCAAAGAACUUUGCUUUAGCAAAUAUAAUCAGUAGGCUCCAAUCUCUCAAACAUGGAUAUACAGAGACAGAAACUGGAACUAGAUGUGAAAAACAGGGUGAAAUAUGUAAGGCACAUAGUCGAUCUGUAAGUGUGUUUUGUAAUACUUGUGACACUGUGCUAUGUACCAAAUGCCUCAGGGAUCACUCUGGCCAUCAUACCCUGGAUUUGGAAGAUAAGGUUAUGUCAUGUAAGGAUGAAGUAAAGCAGUCUGUCUUGCCAAAGGUAACUAAACUGAAGAAUGACCUUGUUAGUACUCAACAGGAUCUUAUCGCUCGUCGAAACAGAGUGGAGGAAGAGAUUGAAAAUGACAGUCAAGAAGUAUUAAAAGCUUUCAGCAUGCUGAGAUUAGUUUUGGACCGAAAGGAAUCAGAGAUGAGUUCCAACCUACAAACCAGGAAAGAGGACAUAUGUACUGAGUUUGAAAGAGAAAUGCAGAAUAUAGAAAGUCAUCUGAGAUCUGUAAAACAGCUGGAAAGUCGAAUGUCAACUGUUCUCCACCCACAGCCUGUCUCGGAAACUUAUUACUACUCAAAUUUUGACCAGUAUAGAGAACUACAUAAAGAUACAGCACAGCUAGAGUGUGAACUGAACAGGGCAUCACUGACCAUUCCUUCUAACGACAGUCUGCAAACUGUGGGCCUAGGCUCAAAACGAGACAUCUGUGACACAUUGAGGAGGAUGGCAGGGGAUUUAGAUAAAGUAGAACUCUCCGAUAGGAAACAUACAGAUAACCUUCUAGUCUUAGAAAGUGGAGAUCAGAAGAGUCUUGCCAUACACACAGACUCCAAAUUGACUCCAGAUUUGAUAAGAAAAUUGAACGGUUCUAGUCAUUUAACCAGUAAAGCUUCAGAUUCUAUGAAGCCAAAGACACCAGAUUCAAAAACUAAUCUCAAGUCAGAUUGGAUGCAUAGCCAAGCUGAGGACGCCGAAAAAUCCAUACCUAGAAACAAACCCACAGUAAGAUGUCCAGACAUACCUAGAAACAAACCCACAGUAAGAUGUCCAGACAUACCUAGAAACAAACCCACAGUAAGAUGUCCAGACAAAAAGACACAGCAAGGUCUUAUGAAGAAAAUGUUGUGCAAAUCAUUCAAGAAACACUCAGAGGUUUUCAUAGUUUCAAAAAGUUGGAUAAGAAAAUGUCAGACUUUCCUAAGUAAGAAGGAAGGAGAUGGGAUUCAUCCAGGCCCAGUAGACAAUUCUUCCAUCAUGGGAACUGAAAAUAAUUUGAUUGCAAAUUUAUUGGAGGGAGAGGAUUUUAUUGCCAUUAAAGAAUCUUGUUGGUUGCAGAUUAUGGGGUGGUAUGGGUUGAAAGAUGGACAAAAGCCAAUUGUACGCAAGGUCAUAUUGGAAGGUCUGCUCUCAGGAACACUUACUGUAGAGAUCUAUCCAAUGAAAGUUGUUCUUGAAUGUAUGGGUCAAAGGUCAUAUCAGUGUUAUAGUAAAUCGGAUACGAUUGGUUUCUUGAAGCAGGAAUUCUAUAGAAUUUUCAAGCUUUCAGAUGGGAAAGAGUUGCAAUUGAAAGUCAAUGUAGGAGGAUCCAAUAAAUGUCUUUGGAUGAACCUAUCAAACCAGGCCAACACUUCCUCACUGAAGGAUGCUGGGAUAACUCAAGGAACGGAAAUCCACUGCGAUUUUGAAUGAAUGGCAAAUUCUGUUUAUAAGUUGGAAAAGUCAAAAACAUAUAAAACUACUCCAUAUGGUCACAGAAUUAUGCCCCAUGAAAUAUUGUACUACAUUGUAUUGUAAAUUGUUGAUAUGUUGAUUCUCUUGAGUAUUGGUGUGUGAAUUCUCUUGAGUAUUGGUUUGUCGAUUCUCUUGAGUAUUGGUGUGUGAAUUCUCUUGAGCAUUGGUGUGUGAAUUCUCUUGAGUAUUGGUGUGUGAAUUCUCUUGAGUAUUGGUUUGUGAAUUAUCUUGAGUAUUGGUUUGUCGAUUCUCUUGAGUAUUGGUGUGUGAAUUCUCUUGAGUAUUGGUUUGUCGAUUCUCUUGAGUAUUGGUAUGUGAAUUCUCUUGAGUAUUGGUUUGUGAAUUCUCUUGAGUAUUGGUUUGUCGAUUCUCUUGAGUAUUGGUGUGUGAAUUCUCUUGAGUAUUGGUGUGUGGAUUCUCUUGAGUAUUGGUGUGUGAAUAUGCUUGAGUAUUGGUUUGUCGAUUCUCUUGAGUAUUGGUGUGUGAAUUCUCUUGAGUAUUGGUGUGUGAAUUCUCUUGAGUAUUGGUUUGUCGAUUCUCUUGAGUAUUGGUGUGUAAAUUCUCUUGAGUAUUGGUGUGUAAAUUCUCUCGAGUAUUGGUGUGUGAAUUCUCUUGAGUAUUGGUUUGUCGAUUCUCUUGAGUAUUGGUGUGUAAAUUCUCUUGAGUAUUGGUGUGUAAAUUCUCUCGAGUAUUGGUGUGUGAAUUCUCUUGAGCAUUGGUGUGUGAAUUUUCUUGAGUAUUGGUAUGUGAAUUCUCUUGAGUAUUGGUGUGAAUUGUCUUGAGUAUUGGUAUGUUGAUUCUCUUCAGUAUUGGUUUGUGAAUUCUCUUGAGUAUUGAUUUGUCGAUUCUCUUGAGUAUUGGUGUGUGAAUUCUCUUGAGUAUUGGUUUGUCGAUUCUCUUGAGUAUUGGUGUGUGAAUUCUCUUUAGUAUUGAUUUGUCAAUUCUCUUGAGUAUUGGUGUGUGAAUUCUCUUGAGUAUUGGUUUGUCGAUUCUCUUGAGUAUUGGUUUGUGAAUUCUCUUGAGCAUUGGCGUGUGAAUUGUCUUGAGUAUUGGUUUGUCGAUUCUCUUGAGCAUUGGUGUGUGAAUUGUCUUGAGUAUUGGUGUGAAUUGUCUUGAGUAUUGGUUUGUGGAUUCUCCCGAGCAUUGGUGUGUGAAUUCUCUUUAGUAUUGGUUUGUGAAUUCUCUUGAGUAUUGGUAGGUUGAUUCUCUUGAGUAUUGGUUUGUAAAUUUUCUUGAAUAUAGGUGUGUGAAUUAUUUUGAGUAUUGGUAUGUGAAUUCUCUUGAGUAUUGGUAUGUGGAUUCUCUUGAGUAUUGGUGUGUGGAUUCUCUUGAGUAUUGGUAUGUGGAUUCUCUUGAGUAUUGGUAUGUGGAUUCUCUUGAGUAUUGGUGUGUGGAUUCUCUUGAGUAUUGGUAUGCAAAUUUUCUGGAGUAUUGGUGUAUGAAUUCUUUUGAGUUAUGGUAUGUGAAUUCUCUUUAGUAUUGGUUUGUGAAUUUUCUUGUGUAUUGGUAUGUGGAUUCUAUUGAGUAUUGGAAUGUGGAUUUUAUUGAGUAUUGGUGUGUGGAUUCUCUUGAGUAUUGGUAUGCAAAUUUUCUGGAGUAUUGGUGUAUGAAUUCUUUUGAGUUAUGGUAUGUGGAUUUUAUUGAGUAUUUGUGUGUGAAUUAUUUUGAGUGUUGGUGUGUGAAUUCUCUUGAGGAUUUGGUGUAUAAAGUCUCUUAGUAUUCGUGUGUGAAAUAUCUCGAAUAUUGUGUGAAUUAUCUCGAGUAUUGUCGUGUGGAUUAUCUUGGGUAUUGGUUUGUGAAUUAUUGUGAGUAUUGGUAUGUCGAUUCUCCUGAGUAUAGGUGUGAAGAUUCUCUCGAGUAUUAGUGUGUUGAAUCUAUUGGGUAUUUAUGUCUGAAUUCUCUUGAGUAUAAGUGGGUAGAUUUACUUUAGUGAUGAUGCGUGUAUUCACUAAGAGCAAUGUUACACCACUUUGAACUGUGCAUAGCUCUGGCAUGUAUAUUUACUGAUUACAGUUUACGCCUUUUUGCUGGAAUAAAUAACAAACAAAACUU